AUGCCGGAGAUCAUACUCUCAAUCAACGCGGGCUCGUCUAGUGUCAAAAUAUCAGUAUACAAGACACCUGAGGAUGGCUCUUCGGUACCAGUGCAGCUGGCCGAGGCAACCGUCGAAGGUCUGACCGCGCCUCCUGCGAAACUAAAAUACGAGCGCGGUGAUGAGAAGAUCAAGGGGAAAGAGUUGGAGAAUGUCAAAUCGCAGGAAGAUGGGUUUCGAUAUAUCCUCGAGCACCUGACGAAUGACAAGGGACUCAAGGAGCUGAACCAUACAGACGAUAUCCGAUUCACAUGUCAUCGCGUUGUGCAUGGUGGUGACUAUCCCAGAAGCCAGGUCAUUGACAAGGAGACGUACCAUCACAUUGAGGAACUCUCUGAUCUGGCACCACUUCACAACGCUCCCGCACUCACCAUUGUCCGAGCAGUAGCAGAGGCUUUGCCGCAUGCUAAGAACAUUGCCUACUUUGACUCUUCAUUCCACAAUACGCUACCUGAUUACAUAUGUACAUACCCCAUUAACCAGGAAGUGGCUCAAAAGAACAAGCUUCGAAAGUACGGGUUCCAUGGCAUCAGCUACUCAUUCAUCGUCAAUGCUGUAGCCGAACAUCUCAAAAAGCCAGUCGAUCAGGUCAACAUCAUCGCACUACAUCUCGGUUCAGGCGCAUCCGCUUGUUGUAUAAAGAAUGGAAAAUCUCUGGAUACAACCAUGGGUCUAACUCCUCUCGCUGGCCUGCCAGGCGCCACACGUUCAGGCUCCAUUGACCCGUCGUUAAUGUUUCACUACACGCACAGCGCGGGAAAGCCGUCGCACAGUUCCAGCGAGAAGAUGCACAUCACUCAAGCCGAGGAAAUAUUGAACAAGCAAAGCGGAUGGAAGAGUCUAACCGGCACCACGGAUUUCGGUAAAAUCAGCUCUUCGGAUCGGUACGAGGAUAAGCUCGCUUUCAACAUCUUUGUUGAUCGCAUUCUCAACUACGUCGGUCCGUACUUCACGAAGCUGGAUGGCGAGGUUGAUGCGCUUGUUUUUGCGGGAGGCAUCGGCGAGAAGGGGGGGAAAUUGAGGCAAGCCGUUGUGCAGGGCGUCAAGUGUCUGGGGUUUGCGGUUGACGAAAAGAAGAAUGAGGCUCAGGUGGAGGAUGUGGUCACGGAUAUAAGUGCUAGUGGUGCGAGAUUCAAGACACUGGUUGUCCAGACGGAUGAGCAAUUGGAGAUGGCAAGAGGUGUGUUAGUGGAUAAGGACCGUUUUGUGGGGAAGAAAUAA